GUAAAAGCUACCGGUCCACGCUGCAAGAACAAGCCAGGCGAAGACAAAAGCAAAGACUCAAAACCUGAAGAGUAAAUCACAAUUUUCCAAAUUUAAAUCAAGUCUAAGUAGCCUUGGAGAAAAUUUCACAUGGUUUUGAGUUUAAAUUAAAAGUUUCAGUUUCUCAAAAGUCAAUCUGGUAAACAGUUCACCAAAAAACAAAAAAUGUCGGGAGUUUUUCUGCAGUGUAGCCGAACCUUGGUGAUUCUUCGCCAACACACGGCGAUAAAAAACGAGAAGGGAAUCUUUAGCAAGAUCCUUGACAAAUAUCAAAACUACCGGAAGGAUGCUAAAACCGAGGUGAUCGAGGAAGAGGAAUCAAAGAGGUCGUAGACACCACCCUAGGAUGUACUAGCAAACCCCUUUCCAAAUCAGUUCAUAUAAUGGCCAACAAAUUACCAUAUUGUUGCCGGGGGCCCAACAUGAAUCGGCGUCCGUUUUACGGGCCAGAUCAUAAAACGGAACGCGCCCAGACAUUAUAAAGCCAUAAAGCAUCAACUAAAAUCUGGCGAAAAUAGCUCUGAGAAGACCAGGCGGCAGUGCCACAGAUCUCCAGACCCAGAACCAGACAACUACAUUUCCAGGGGCGGUUUACAAUGCCUAACCCUCCGGGAGUCUGUGAGGUGAAGAAAGGCCUGAUUGACCAGAGAGAAACAUAACCAAAUUUAAGAAAAGGAAAAUUUAAAAUAGUUUUAGAAGAAUUAUGAAAAAAAACAAGUAAGCAGCCACCCCUCUCAGCAGGAUCAUCCAGUCGUUUGACUCCACUGAAGAGCUUAUACAGAUUUAGGAUAUUAUAAUGGAACCCUCCACUAGAAGGACGUUCUCCACCAAGGACGUCCUGCCAGUUUAUUAGAAGAAGGAUUUCUGUCUCUAUACCCUAUCUAUCACCCCAUGUGAUCUCUGCCCAAUUUCCAGAUGCACGACAACGACUCGAAAACUUUGUAGUUCCAAUAAAUUUCAUACCCGAGAGUGGGUGGUGGGUUACGACCGAA